GAUCGCAAGCGGAAAGCAGCUAACAUUAAGCUGCAAAAUCCGCAAUUGACUUAUGGAACAUCAAAAUGAACAGUCAGUUUUGAACAGUCUCAACAAGUACUGGUCCGUAAGUACACUUCUUGUAGUAACGGCGUUCAGUACAACUCGGGUUCUCACUUCAACAUCUACGGGACGAGAUGAAGUAGCGUUUUGCUGUCCACCUGCUCCUCUGGACUACUUGUUCCCUUGUUCUGGGACUAGUAGAGUAAUUAGUCACAGAAACUCUGCUACUCUCACUCUUGUUGCUUCGCGUGAUGUUAUAAGUACCCCAUGAAUGGGUACAUGACUUUGUUGCUUCGCGGUACACUACUUCUACUACUACUACACAUCUUUCCUCUACUACUCUUACAUCGUAACGCUAUACCCCAUGAAUGGGCACACUACUACUACUACUCCUACUACUACUACUACUUUCCUUUACCUUGUGUGGGCGUCUAAUAAAACGAGCGGGAACGCCACGAACUGACAGCCGACGCGCUCAACUCGGC